AUGACCUGGCAAGACCUCGCCGCCAACAAGAAGGCCCAUGUAUCGGAUGCUAUUCCCCCGGAAUGGCGGCUGAAGACAACCCCCUCGACCGACUCGGUCAUGUCUGUCCCCAAAGAAAGCGGCAUCCUCACUGACCAAGAGCUGGCCAUCACCGAGGCGUCCGGUGCAGACCUUGUGAAGGACUUGGCAUCUGGGAAAUUGUCCUCUGUGGCCGUCACAACUGCCUUUUGCAAACGGGCUGCCUUGGCCCAUCAGCUAGUCAACUGUCUGCACGACUUCCUCCCUGCAUUCGCGCUGGCCAGAGCGAGGUACUGUGAUGAAUAUCUCGACAAACACAAGAAACCCAUAGGUCCACUGCACGGGCUGCCCAUCUCUUUGAAAGACCAGGCCCGGAUCAAAGGAUUUGAAACAACCAUGGGAUAUGCCGGAUGGAUCGGCAAAAUCGACCAACGCAACUCUGUUCUCGUAGACCUACUCGACAAGGCUGGAGCCGUCUUCUAUGUCAAGACGAGUGUGCCACAGAGCUUGAUGGUCUGUGAAACAAUAAACAACGUCUUUGGCCGCACUCUGAAUCCAAGGAAUAAGAACUGGUCGUCUGGAGGGAGCUCCGGUGGCGAGGGCGCCAUCAUUGGUUUCCGCGGCAGCGUCAUCGGUGUUGGCACCGACAUUGGAGGUUCCAUCAGGACUCCAGCGGCCUUUAACUUCCUAUAUGGCCUUCGCCCCAGCCACGGGCGGCUGCCAUAUGCCAGGAUGGCGAACAGCAUGGAGGGCCAAGAGACGAUUCAUAGCGUAUGCGGGCCUCUUGCGCACUCCGUUGGGGAUUUGCGGCUAUUCACGACGGCUGUUCUUGAGCAGCAGCCGUGGAACUUUGACUCCAAGGUUGUCCCUAUGCCGUGGCGACAGGGUGAAGCAGAUGCUGUCAAGGCGAAGGUUUCGGCCGGGGGCCUGACGUUGGGAUAUUAUUCCUGCGACGGAAAUGUGCUUCCACACCCUCCUGUUCUCCGGGCCGUCCAAACAGUCGUGGACAAGCUCAAAGGCGCAGGCCACGCCGUCCUCCCUUGGGAGCCAUACAAGCAUCCCUAUGCGGUAGACCUGGCCAACCGUGUCUACGCAUCAGAUGGUGGCGCCGACAUCCAUUCCGCACUUAAACUCUCAGGCGAGCCGGCGAUCCCCAAUAUCAACGAUCUCGUCAACCCCAGCUUGGAGAAGCUAGACAUCAACGAAGUCUGGCAGUGCCAGUUAGACAAGUGGAACUACCAAAUGGAAUAUCUCGCCGCGAUUCGCAAUUUUGAAGCCAAGACAGGACGGGAGCUAGAUGCCAUCAUUGCGCCCGUCACAGCCACUGCAGCAAUUCUUCAUAAUCAAUUCAAAUAUUACGGUUACGCCACAGUAAUCAAUGUACUCGAUUUCACGAGUGUGGUGGUUCCGGUCACAUUUGCUGACAAGAACAUCGAUGUCAAAGCGGCUGGCUUUACUCCCUUGACCGAUUUGGAUGCAACUGUUCAAGAAGGAUAUGAUCCAGAAGCCUACCAUGGCGCGCCGGCCGCUGUGCAGAUCAUUGGGCGACGUUUUACCGAGGAGAGAGUCAUGGCUAUUGCGGAGGAGAUUGGCCGACUGCUGCAUUCAUGA